AUGCAACGGACGUCGUCAUAUGCUUCUGAAGGUUUCUGGACUACGAUAGAGCUGCUAGCAGGGCGUGAUAGAAGAAGAUCGGCCGGCGAUGUUGAAGAUACGCCUUAUCUCGAACCUCCGGCUAGAGUUGCGUCCGCUCUCAGCUUCGCGCAUCCUCAUGUCCGGGCCCGCUUGGAAAAGCAUAUGGGCUCGAACCUGGUGCGGCUCACAGACAAGAGCUACAUGACUGAAUUGGAAGAAAGAAUCCGUGCAGUUAAUGAAGAAAAUCUCAAUAAAAGGAUAUCUAGUAGAGUCCUCGAUGAAAUGGAGCGAUUGAAGCGUCUCAUCCUUGUUGGAAAGACACCGCUCAAGGAAUGUCCUCCUGAGUUAUAUAACCAUCCUGUCUUCGUAUUCUGGAGGAUGGUCAACAGGGAGGUCGCUAAGGCGUCUAAGAAGCGUGCUGAUGCUUACUACAGGAAACUUAAAGCCUCACAGAAAUUAGACCAAGCUCUUGAGGAAGAAGCGGAGGCUGAGGUAGCAGAAGAAGAAAAUGAACAAUUAAGCGCUGAACAGCUGCUCGCAAAGUGUCAUGAAGAAUUGGAGGAACUCAAACAGGCUGACAUCGAGAAAGGAGUGCGCUUCACUGACGAGCAAUUUGCCCUACUCAAAUACGAGACGAACGAUGUCAAAACGUUGAAGAGCCUUACGACUGUAGAUGAAUUGUAUGCUCUGGCGGAUAAGAUCAUAGGCACAAAGCGUUUAUAAAUAAAUGUCAGCUCUGAAUAUUCAAUAUAGUGUAAGCGUACAAUGUGUUAAUUUUACUUUAUUUUGUGAUUGUAUUUUUGGUUAUGCAA